CUAAGCAGUUGGCACAUGGUUCUCCGAUUUCAAAAAAACAGGUUAUUUGGUGCUUUGAAUUUCUCUCCUCACCGUUUCCAUUGAAAGAUCUUCAACCUCAAUCACGCACUUCAAAUUUCACAUCGAUUUAGGCUUUUGUCUUCCCAUCGCAAUUCAGAGCCAGCUCCAAUCGACACAAAGGGGAUGGCUGCAGAUUCGAAGAACGAUGUUAAAGAGUUUACCACAGCGACAGAUGCUGAGGUAAAAACAAAACCAGUGAAGAAGAAGAAAGGAAUGUUAUCAAGAUUGUGGGGUGCGAUAUUUAGAUUACAUGGGGAUGACUUUGAAAAGAGAUUGCAAUAUAUAUCCAAAGAAGAAGCCAGUAUUCUUUCGAGAAUUGCAAGACGUUCAAAUAGCUGGCGGAGAAUGGCUAGGAACCUGAUAUUAUUCUCACUUCUUCUUGAGGCAAUUGCAUUAGGUUAUGCUAUUAUGACCACUAAAGCUUCUGACUUGGACUGGAAAAUAAGGGCAUUGCGAGUCUUACCAGUGUUUCUGCUUCCAGCAUUAGCUUCCAUUACUUACUUCACUCUUAGAAGCUUCACAAGGAUGUUUGACCAGAAAGACAAAAAAACACUUGAAAAGCUUCGAGCUGAGAGGCAAGCAAAAUUAGAUGAACUGAAAGAGAAGACGAAUUAUUAUACUACUCAACAGCUGAUACAGAGGUACGACACUGAUCCAGCUGCCAAGGCUGCUGCCGCCACAGUGCUGGCGUCCAAGUUGAGUGCAGACUCUGGUCUGAAACUAUACAUGGAAGAUGAGUCUAAUCAAAUUGUUUCUACUGGAAAGGACAAUGGCAUGGAAGUUGCAAGAACUAGUGGACUACGAAAUAGGAAACCAUCCGCUACAAAUACCAGUACGGAAAAUGCAUCCACAGCUCAUACCGGGGAAGAGAUGUCCUACCAUGGUGGACUUGAUGGCACUAUGAUGUCCCAGCAACACCAGAUGGCUGUACAGCAUUACAGUCAAACAGGUCCAACGAACGAUGGAGGAUGGAUUGCUCGAUUUGCUGCUUUACUCGUGGGAGAGGAUCCGACACAGUCAUAUGCACUAAUAUGUGGAAACUGCCACAUGCACAAUGGUCUAGCAAGGAAAGAAGAUUAUCCAUUUGUUACUUACUACUGCCCACAUUGCCAAGCCUUGAACCAACCAAAGCACUCUGAGCAGGGCUCUGGUUUGACCACACGCACGACCUCUGGUUUGACCACACGUUCGACCUCACCUAUUGCAGCCUCCACGGUUGAGGAGGAGGCAGAUGUUGUACCAAAUGCAGGUGGUUCAACAGGGGAUACAGUUGCUGCAAGCGAGGGCGCUGUAGCUGCAGCAGAUGCGACUUCCGGAAGCUGAACUUAGCUUUUUGGAGGAGUGAAAGCGAUCAAUUAAUGUGGAUUUAUAUACAUGAAGGCUGUUCAGGAAUCAUUUCACCAGAGCAAGAGGUUACAUUGUUUUUCUCUCUUACAUAACUAAGCGUGUUGUAAACGUAACUUGAUACAUUUUUGUCACAUGAGUCUGUGAAUGUCAUCUUGAGACAACUAUUUCUGCAAAUGGGCGAUCGAGAUACAAUUUUUUUUGCUGA